CACUUUCUUCUUCGUCCCCUUGUGAAGCUGCUGUCACCCACGUGUCAGGUCACUUCUUCACCUCGGUGUGAGCUCUCUGUCAACAAACCGCAGCUCAUUAUCAUGCGGCGGUGGGCGUGUCCCCGACAGGCCCCGCCCCUCCCGCUGGUUGAUAUUACCCAGCGUGCUCCGGGGGCCGGCCAGAGUGCGCUCCGCUCCAGCUGCAGUCGGACAGUGUGCGGGCUGAGCGCUCCUACAGAAACCAGGACAAUAGCAGACAAAAGGUUCCGUUUGGAGCAGGACGGAUCUGUUUCUGUGCGGGACCGUGUGGACUUUGGUUCUGUACAGACUCGCGGCACCGUGCAUGUCCCAGCCGGAGCGGUUUGAACCCGGACCGGAGGGUCGCACCGACUAUCACUGAGAGCUGACAGCCGCCCGGCAGCUGCCCGCCGCCGGCAUGAGCCUCUCCGGGAGCUCCGCUGCUCUCAGCCUGCUGCUGCUGCUCUCCGCCCGCAUACAGGUCUCUUCAGCUUCGGGACACUUCGAGCUUCAGAUUUUGUCGAUGCAGAACGUUAACGGGCAGCUGCAGAGCGGCGCCUGCUGUGACGGAUCCCGGGACUCGACCGAUCGGCGAUGCACGGCGGACGAAUGCGACACCUACUUCCGAGUGUGUCUGAAGGAGUACCAGCUGAAGGUGUCCUCCGCCGGGCCCUGCAGCUUCGGCGCCGCCUCCACGCCCGUGCUCGGCGGGAACACGUUUUCUGUCCGCAACGCCAAGAGCGACAACGCCAGGAUCGAGCUGCCGUUCAGCUUCGCGUGGCCGAGGUCGUACACGUUGAUCGUGGAAGCUUUGGACUUCAACAACGACUCUUCCUCUGGCAGCGUCGGUGGGACGCUGAUUGAGAAGGCCGUCCACUCGGGGAUGAUCAACCCCAGCCGGCAGUGGCAGAACCUGAAGCACAACGGCCCGGUGGCUCAGUUCCACUUCCAGGUCCGCCUCAGCUGCGACGAGCACUACUACGGCUUCGGCUGCAACAAGUUCUGCCGCCCGAGAGACGACUUCUUCGGCCACUACGAGUGCGACCACAACGGCAACAAGACGUGCCUGGAGGGCUGGUCCGGUCCGGACUGCAACACUGCGAUCUGCAGACAAGGCUGCAGCACCGAGCACGGGUCCUGUAAAGUACCUGGAGAGUGCAAGUGUCUGUACGGCUGGCAGGGCGAGUCAUGUGAUCAGUGCAUCCCUCAUCCCGGCUGUGUGCACGGAGGCUGUGUGGAGCCGUGGCAGUGUCUCUGUGACACCAACUAUGGAGGACAGCUGUGUGACAAGGAUCUGAACACGUGUGCGACGCUGCAGCCGUGUUUGAACAGAGGAACCUGCAGCAACACCGGGCCGGACAAAUACCACUGCUCCUGCCCCGACGGCUUCUCUGGGGUCAACUGUCAGAGAGCGGACCACGCCUGUCUGUCCAGCCCCUGUCUGAACGCAGGCAGCUGUGUGGAGACCAGUCAGGGCUUCGAGUGUCGCUGCCCCCCCGGCUGGACCGGACCCUCCUGCUCCAUCAAUGUGGACGAGUGUGUGGUGAACCCCUGCAGUCACGGAGGAACCUGUCAGGACCUGGUCUACGGUUUCAGGUGUACCUGUCCUCCUCAGUGGACCGGGAAGACCUGCCUCAUCGAUGCCAACGAGUGCGAUGACGACCCCUGCGUCAACGCCAACUCCUGCCGAAACCUGAUUGGAGGAUACUUCUGCGAGUGCCUUCCAGGUUGGACGGGCCAGAACUGCGACACCAAUAUCAACGACUGUCGAGGUCAGUGUCAGAACGGAGCGUCCUGCAAGGACCUGGUCAACGGUUAUAAAUGUGUGUGCGCUCCGGGUUUCAGCGGCGAGCACUGUGAGAGCGACGUGGACGAGUGCUCCAGCACGCCGUGCCUCAACGGCGGCCGCUGCCACGACGAGGUCGACGGCUUCCGCUGCUUGUGUCCGCCCGGCGUCUCUGGAAGUCACUGUCAGCUGGAUAUCGACCACUGCCUCCACGCUCCCUGUCAGAAUGGCGGUCAGUGUUUCAACGUGGCGUCCGACUACGUCUGUGAGUGUCCCGAAGACUACGAGGGCAAGAACUGCUCGCGCCUGAAGGACCACUGCCGCUCCACGCCAUGCAAAGUGAUUGACAGCUGCACAGUGGCCGUGGCGUCCAACAGCACGCCGGGCGGGGUGCGUUUGAUUUCGUCCAGCGUGUGCGGUCCUCACGGGCGGUGUCGGAGUCUCGCUGGCGGACAGUUCAGCUGCGAGUGUGAGGAGGGGUUCUCCGGGACGUACUGCCACGAGAAUAUUAAUGACUGUGAGAGCGCCCCCUGUCUGCACGGAGGAACCUGCAUCGAUAAAGUCAGUCAGUACCAGUGUAUCUGUGCUGACGGCUGGGACGGACCCACCUGCCACCACGACGUUGAUGACUGUAGCUCCGCCCCCUGUCAGAACCGCGGCGUCUGUCGAGAUCUGGUCAACGACUUCUACUGCGAGUGUAACAGUGGCUGGAAGGGGAAGACCUGUCACUCAAGAGAGAGUCAGUGUGACGAGACGACCUGCAACAAUGGAGGAACCUGCCGUGACGAAGGAGACGCCUUCAGGUGUCUGUGCAGCGCCGGCUGGGAGGGCGCCACCUGCACCAUCACGAAGAACAGCAGCUGUCUGCCGAGUCCCUGUGAGAACGGAGGAACAUGUGUGGUGGACGGAGACUCUUUCAGCUGCGUCUGUAAGGAGGGCUGGGAGGGCGCCACCUGCAGCCACAAUGCCAACGACUGCAGUCCUCAUCCCUGUUACAACAGUGGGACUUGUGUUGACGGAGACAACUGGUACCGAUGUGAAUGUGCUGCAGGGUUCGCGGGCCCAGACUGCAGAAUCAACAUCGAUGAGUGCCAGUCGUCGCCGUGCUCCUUCGGCUCCACCUGUGUGGAUGAAAUCGACGGUUAUCGCUGCGUCUGUCCGACAGGCAGAACCGGCCCGCGGUGUCAGGAAGCGUCGGGCCGGCCCUGUGUGGUCGGAGGUCUGGUGGUUCUGGAUGGAAGCAGAUGGGACGAAGACUGUAACGAGUGCCGCUGUCACAACGGCAGAAUCAGCUGCACCAAGCUCCGGUGUGGUCCUAAACCCUGCAGCCUCCACAGUAAGACCCGGGGUUCCGAGUGUCCAGCCGGUCAGACCUGCGUUGGCGUCCUGGACGAGCGCUGCUUUGUGAAGCCCUGCUCCAAUCAGGGGGAGUGCUGGAGCCCCGCCCACAGAGCCCCGCCCACAGCCAGGUGUCACCCAGAGAGCGGCUGCGCCAACGUCACCUUCACCUUCAACAAGGACGUGAUGACGAGGGGCGUGUCGGUGGAGCAGGUUUGUCGUGAGCUCCGGAGCCUCUACAUCAUCAGGAACCUGUCGUCCGACACCUUCGUCUCCGUGAGCUGCGAGCUGUCACUCAGCGCCAACAACGAGAUCCACGUCUCCAUCUCGGCUGACGACCAGCGGAGAGGUUUGACCUUCGUCAAGGAAAUCACAGACAGGAUCAUGGAUCUGGUCAGCAAGAGGAGCGCCAACAGCAGCAUCAUCAGCGCCAUCGCCGAGGUCCGUAUCCAGAGACGACAGAACCACGACGCCAGCGACCACCUGGUUCCCCUGCUGGUUUCCACGGUGAUCGUUGUGUGGGCGUUGGCCAUCGCCUCCAUGUUGCUGUGGUGCGUGAGGCGGCGGAGGAAGCCGAGCGCCCACACGGGCGUCAGCACGCAGCCGUCCUCGUCCUCUUUGGCUCCCGCCGCCGAGAACAACAACGCCCUGCAAAACAGCGUCAUCGCCGCCCGCGAGCAGCUCAACCACAUCAAGAACCCCAUCGAGAAAAACCCACUGAACCAGCACCACCAGCAGCAGCACCACCUCCUCCUCCAUCACCACCUCUGCGAGGACAAGAACUCCGUCAAUGCCAAGAUCAGGAAGUCAGACGCUGGGAGCCAGUCGGACGAGGACGAGAUGGACAAGAGGCUGCAGAAGGCGAGGUUUCCCCGGGCGCCGCCAGCGUAUUCACUGGUAAACUGGGAGGAGCGACCGCACCUCCACCUGACAGGAAGACCUCCGCACUGGAGCAGCAAGCAGGACAACAGGCAGCUGCAGUCGCAGAGUGUGAACAGGACAGAGUACAUCGUAUAACCAGCCGGCUCACAGGGACUCGAUACUCCAGAGACGUUGUGACCUCGAGGGGAUUUCUGCUUAUGCCUUUUUUUAUUCUGUUCUGUUUCUGUUCGGAACUGAACUUCAAGAUGGAUUUUUGUUGUUUUAAUUUAUGUUUGGACUCACACUGGUCCGAGCGGUCCACUGCGGUUGGCUGGAUCUCCGAUUAUGUGGACGCCUUCGCAAAAACACCAGAAUUUAGUUGUGCAGGAACCCGACGGCUCCGUCAGGAUCUGAAUUUGGAAUUUAAAAAAAUAUUUAUUUAGUGUUUUUGCGGAAAGUCGAUAUGAAGAAUCGUCCUUGUAGAAUGUUUCUGUAUAGAUUGUAAAUAUUUUUUUUAAUUAAUCAUUGUGUAUAUUUAACUUAACUGUUCAGAGCCGUAAGAUAUUUCUUUUUUAUUUAUGAGUAUUGUUUCAAGUCGAAGCUUCUCGGGCCUCCGACUUCUUGUUGGAAAUAUUUUCUUGAGAUACUAUUUGUCGGCGCUGUAAGUGUUCUUGAAAGAAUUGUUUAUUUGUAGCCUUUUGGAUUUGGGCAUUUUUGUGCCUCGACUGAAUGUUUCGUACGUUGUUGUUCGAUGGCGUUUUCUCGGUACGUUUGCCGGGAUGUUCGAGUACUUCCUGUAGAUGGAAGAGGAGGCGGGCAGAGACACAUUUUGCUGCUGACAUUUCUUUUUAUACAGACCAACAUGGUGGCAGAUGUUUUCCUUUUGCUACUGAAAAAUUCUUCAAGGGACGAAACUGUUUUUGUAGCGAUUUGUAUAUUUUGUUCAGUGUAAAAAUGAGAGCUGAGAAACAGGCUUCAGAUCCUGUUUGUAACAAUCUGAUCAAAACUGCUCAAUUAAAAAAGGAGCCCUGUGGAGUUUUCUUGUAAAAUCA